GUUUAUGCUCCGCGAACGGACGCAGCGGACACUUUGUUUUUCAGGCUUUCGGGCGAAAAGAGGGAGAGAGAAAGCUCCGUUCUCCGCCCCGCUCCGGAUGAAAGUUACCUUUGACACAGAUUAUUCUCUGUUGCCGUGAAAGCCUCCAACUUCCAUCUGAUCGUGAAGUUGUCACUAUGACUGAGAGAGUCUUCAAUAAUACGUUUCUUGGUCGUCUGAGACAUUUCAUUGACGUCAUCGACCCCAGCACCCUGUUUGUGUCUGAGAAGCGGUUAAAAGAAUGCAUCAAACUUCUUGAUGACUAUAAACACGGCACACUUCCUCCUGGAGUUUCUGAUCUUCAGCUGUGGGAAGCUCAGAAGAUCAAACAGGCCAUCAUUCACCCUGACACAGGUGAGAAGAUCUUCAUGCCAUUUCGAAUGUCAGGUACGACCUCAGAUGAAGAUCUUUGUGCAGUUUGUUCCAGCUGGUUCAUUCAGCCUCCAUGUUUCUCACUGACACUCAUGUUUUCACUGGGCAGGUUAUGUACCGUUUGGAACACCAAUUGUCAUUGGCCUCCUUCUCCCAAACCAGACCGUGGUGUCUACCAUUAUAUGGCAGUGGCUGAACCAGAGUCACAACGCCUGUGUGAACUACGCCAACCGCAACGCAACCAAGCCAGCUUCAACUUCCAAGUUUCUCCUUGGUUAUGCGGGGGCAGUGACCAGUGCUGUCUCCAUCGCAGUGGGACUGAAUGUGCUGAUUCAGCGGGCCAACAGGCUGAGUCCUGCGACCAGAAUGAUCGUGCAGAGAUUUGUCCCCUUCCCCGCCCGAGUGCAAACAUUUGUAACGUGGGUCUGAUGAGGCACAAUGAGCUGUCUGAAGGUGUGGAUGUCCUGGAUGACAAAGGCAACGUGGUGGGAUCCUCAAAAAUCGCUGCGAGACAUGCAAUCAUGGAGACAGCCUUCACACGCGUGGUCCUUCCGAUGCCGAUCUUUGUCCUGCCCCCCAUCAUCAUGUCAUACUUUGAGAGGCUGCGGUUCCUGCAGAGCAACCGCAGAUUGUUGCUGCCCAUCCACAGCGCCGUGUGCCUGCUCACGUUCGCCGUCUCCCUGCCCGUGGCCAUCAGCUUGUUCCCCCAGAUGUCUCAGAUCGAGGUGUCUCGCCUUGAGCCUGAGAUCGCCAUGGCGACCGAAUGCAAGGUGGUGACCUACAACAAGGGCUUAUGAUGGAUGGCGCACGAGGAGAGGACGGCGCGCUGGGAUGAAAAUAAUUCUGUCCUGAGAAUAACUGUCAGAAAGAAGUCAUGGUGGGAUUAAUGGGAACUAUAUGCUGCUGUGUGUUCACGGUGCAGAUUGUAAUCCCUGUGUUCGCACUCAGUGUCACUAAAUCUGCUCUCUAGUUUUCACAAGAUCCCAGCAAUUAUCCAGUCUCAGACUCUGCUUCCAGCUGUUUAACAAAAAUGCAAAUGUUUCUAUGUGAUUUUAAAAAUAUCUACUGAACAAUGAGCAGUUCACAUAACCAGGAUUAACUGUAACCUCAAAAAGACUUCUGCAGAUGUGCAGAUAAAGCUGGUCUUUCUACAGUAACACAAAGCUUGUUAGUGGUCACACACACAGUUAGAAUACCUCAAAACAACAAUGAAGUGUAGAUCUCUGCAGACUGAGCAAAAACUGCCACUUCCAGGUGCUCAUUCUCUCCAGGUUGAAGACUCCUCAUAUGUAUUGUGUUUUUUUUUUUUUAGCAGGGUUCUUCUGCCUUUUGUGGUUCAUCUGUGGCUUCUCCUUCGAUGCAGGAAGGAAUUAUAGAAGACCUGUGAGAAAAUCUUUUGUGAUCUUAGGAGGUGUGACAGAUUUGAUGUCACACUGAGAGAUGAAGUUAGAGCAAAUGUCAGAUCACCAGACAGAGAUCGUAAAAGAAAUACAGUUAUACUCGUACCACUGACAACAAGAUUAAUUUUAUUGAAAAAAAUAACAAUUCUACAUUUUUGUUUUGCAUAUCAUUAAAAAAGCAAUUUUUUUGGUAUAACUUAAGGGAAAUGUAUCCGUAAGUGAAAUAAAUUUAAAAAUCAAAGACAAAUUUGAGCCAAAAUGAUUACCUUUUGGAUAAUUUCACAUAAACUAAGACAUUUAUGUUACAGAUAUGUUUUGUGUCCUGAGACUAAGACUGAUUUAGUAAAAAUGACUGUGGAAAGCUCCCAGAUCAUCCAUAUGUUCGUAAUUAUGUCUCCAGCAGCUGGUUGACAGAGGUAGAUGUUUGAAAACCAGCUUUUUAUGACCUGCAUGCUCAGAACAGCAUAAAAAAAAUGAUUGUUUCCCUCCACUUUCUAAAUUAUAUUAUCUGUGAUAUAUUUCUUAUCUAUUUUUAAUAUAUUUUUUAUUAGAAACCAUCUCUUAUCAUGCCAGAAAUUAUUGGUUUUGUAUUGUAAGAUUGGAGUUUGGCGCCCUCUAGUGGACAAACUAAGUACUUUUCUCCGAGUUGAAAGUUGACAGAUCACAUGCAACUUCUCAUGCAACUAGUUUGGAGUAAAGCUGCUGGUUGAUAAAGGUUUAUAAAUACUCCUGGAGACUUCUUGGAAGAAUGAAUCAGAUCAGCUGUAUAGAUUUGAGGCAUGUUUCUGUUCUAUAACACACAAAUUCAUGAGUUUGCUCAAAUGUCAUGUUUUAACAUGUAUUAGGGAUGGUUUUCUGCACUACUGACUGUUGAUAAAGCGUCAUUGCCAACUGAAUAUUGUCUUUUGUACGUCCUGGUUGUUUAGGUUUAGACCCACUGUACUGUAUAUAGAACUAAAGUGAUUAUUUUAACCCUUUAUAAAUAACAUAAUUGCUCAUUUCUACUAGCCAAACUGUAUAAGGCUGAUUUAUAUACAUUGUUCUUCAAUACAGAAUAAACAUGUUACCACUU